UAUUUCUCACAGUUAAAAGAAUUUCAACAAAGAAACAGCCCUGCUGUUCCAACACGAGUGAGACGGAGAAACAAAAGAAACAACAAUAGCCCUGAGACAGGCACUUCUGAUGGUUGCCAGUCACCAUGCCAUUCAGCAGCAGGUGGUCCCAAGGAGGGCCCUGCGCCAUGUGCCACCAUGAAUGGUCCAGAGAGCGCACACCAACUACAAAUAGCCCUGGACUCGAGCUCCGUGACAACCAGUGAACUGAAUAACACCAUCGACUUAUUGCCCUCGAGCCGCUGUGGAGCAGUCCUUGAGCAUCAGUUACAGCAGUUUCUACAGGAGCGGGAACUGCUAAGAGCACAGGUGGCAGAGGUGAUGGAGUGUCUUAAGAAAGCUCAGCUAGAAAGAGACGCGUACGCUCAACAGCUCAAAACAGAGAGGGCGCGGUGGCAGCAGCAAUUGCUGAAAAUGGCAGGAGAAGUGAGAGCUGACCCUUCAGCCCCCCGCCUUAGAUGGCUCACUGGAUCUUCCUGGGCAUCUGUAAAAAGAGAAUAGCCCAGCCAGGGGUGGUCACGGGACUGGGCUUUGUGGAGCUGUGGGCUGAGAGGGAGAUGGUAGCCUGUUCAGCCACCAGCCCCUCUCUCCAGGGCCCUUUCCCCCUGUGCUUUGGGCAGAUUGAAAUAUUCAAAAUGGAGAAAAGGCAGGAUGCAAUUAAAAUCGAUGAGCUGAAGGGGAGCCUUGCCCACCUACAAAACCAUCUGGGUAAGAUGGGGCUGGCGUGACCCGGGAGCAGGACUGGCAUCAGAGGGCUGUGGGGGUGGCUUAGAGUGCCCCAGGGAGGUGGGUGGCUGGAAGGGCUUUGAGGCAGAGGGAAAGAGGUCUGUGCCAGG